GUAAUGUGCAACAGCUACUUCACCGAUUGUCACUUGCGAAUAACAUGGGCUCGUUAUGGCGCGCGGGUACCAAGCUCUCCCUUGUUCUCUCAGCCGUGGGCGGUGGAUCCGCGGCGGCGUUGAUUGCCACCUCCGACGACCCCGAAACAGCGCUCAAGCUUUGUGCCACCGUUCCCCGUCGCCUCCUCCGCGACGCCGUCACCGCCGCCAACAUUGCCUUCGAUUAUGAAUAUUCGCUGUGGGGACUCGCGGAAGGAAGUAGUGAGAGGGAGAGAACCAAGCAUGAAGUUCACCUUCGCUCCGCAAAAAAACUGCGAGACCUGUGUUUUACGAAUGGAGGGAUUUAUAUAAAGCUUGGACAACAUCUUGGGCAGUUGGAGUACUUAGUUCCUCUAGAAUAUGUUCAGACAAUGAGGGAGUCUAUGCUUAAUAGAUGUCCAGUUUCUUCAUAUGAGCAAGUAUGUGAUGUCUUCAAGAAAGAGCUCGGAGACUCACCAGAUAAUGUAUUUUCUGAGUUUGAUCCAGUCCCAAUAGCAAGUGCUUCCCUUGCACAAGUUCAUGUAGCCCGCACACAUGAUGGCCAAAAAGUUGCAGUCAAGGUUCAACAUACUCACCUGACUGAUACUGCGGCUGCUGAUCAUGCCACUGUGGAAUUGAUUGUGAACACUCUGCAUAGGUUCUUUCCCAGUUUUGAUUAUAGGUGGUUGAUUGAUGAGAUUAACGAGAGUUUGCCCAAGGAAUUGGAUUUUUUAACUGAGGCUAAGAACAGUGAGAGGUGCUUGGAGAACUUUCGCAAGUUUUCCCCUCAUAUUGCAAAUUAUGUAUAUGCACCCAAAGUAUAUUGGACUUUGAGUACCUCAAAGCUGCUAACGAUGGAAUUUAUGGACGGUGCUUAUAUAAAUGAUGUUAAGAGCAUAAAAAAACUUGGGAUCCAUCCGCAUGAACUUUCAACACUGGUUAGUCAAACUUUUGCUGAAAUGAUGUUCAAGCAUGGGUUUGUGCAUUGUGAUCCACAUGCUGCGAACUUAUUAGUUCGCCCAUUGCCUUCUAGCAGAGCUGGUAUUCUAGGCUGGAGAAAACCACAGUUGAUUCUUUUAGACCAUGGACUCUAUAAAGAGCUUGACUUCAAUAUGAGAACUAAUUAUGCUGCACUAUGGAAAGCAUUGAUAUUUGCUGAUGCUAAUGCAAUCAAGAAAUACAGUGCAAAACUGGGUGCUGGGGAGGACUUAUAUGCACUUUUUGCUGGAAUUCUAACAAUGAGACCAUGGAAUAGAGUCAUCGAUCCAUCCAUGGACCAUUUAGUCAUACAGGGAAAUGAGAGUGAUCGAUCAGAACUGCAGAUGUAUGCUUCGCAAUAUUUCAAUGAAAUCUCAGAGCUUCUAAGAAGAUUACCACGUGUGAUUCUUCUCAUGCUGAAGACAAAUGACUGUUUACGAUCCGUCAACAAUAUUCUGUUACAGGGAUCGUCUCUGGAGACAUUUUUUGUCAUUGGAAAGGUUUCUUCUGAGGCUGUCAUUGAGGCAAAGAUGGCACAAAGCAAGUCACUUGUAACCUGGUUUAGUGUUCGAUUGGAUAAGAUUUUGAUGGAAAUUCGACUUUGGGGAAUGCAGAUGGCAUGGUGGCUUCUGCAACUACGAAAGACGUUGUCUUGGUCUAACCAGGCAUCAUGAAAGAAUGCCUGAUCUGCGUAAUUCAUUUUCUUCUUACACGAUACAUUUUUUGAGAAAUAAGCUCUUAUAAUAUUCUCUGUCUCCGUGGUCAGAAAUUCCUUCUCAAUUUGUGGCAUUGUUUGAGCACGGGUUGACGGAUUGAUUUAUAUUGUGCUUGGUUAUGUUUGGAUCCUCAAAAUCAUGUCUAGUCAAAGAUACAUGAUUUUGAGGCUUUCCAAACGGAACGGAACAUGCACUUCAUAGGUUAAGACUUGAGAGAGAAAGGAAAGGAAUUAGUCAUGUCUUGAUGUCCUGUAUGCUUUACAGUAUAUUCUUGUAUUAGGUAAUGCAGAGUGUUGUAACGUCCCCAUUAAUAUGGGAAAAGAAAAAUAUAUAGAACUGUUUGGACAGCAAUUUCAAUGGUUGCGAGUGUACCUUUUCUCAUUUCAUUUUCUUACUUUCCAAUUUUUUUAACUCCUCUUACUCCUACUUUCCCACUAUCAGCCAUAACAUAGUUUUUCACUUCUUCUCUUUGCCAUUUCUAUUUACCUCCUCCACCCCAAGGCAUGUAUAUCCACACACAUAGUGUGCACUUUGCAAGUGUCAAACCUCAUUUUUCCAUUCAUGUUGGGGUUGGGCAUAAGCCAUAUGCAUAAAGACCCAUAUCAUAUCACCACCAAUAAAGAACCAACAGUGAUGCUAUUCUACCUUCACAAAAAGUUCCCCAGAACCAUCAUUAUUUGCAGAUGCUUCACUAGAUUGCUGAGUGCUAGUCUCAAACUCUAUCCUCUCAAACCCAUAUUGCUGCACAACAAGGAGUGAAGAGCAUGAACCAAAGUUAUUUGAUGCCACCAUGUCCCCUAUAACUCCAAGUUCUGGGCAAUCAGUCUGUUUCAUCAAAUUUGAAAAGACCAUGGAGUUCCUACCAGUCCCUUGUCCUAAGAUGUACAAAUCACACCCAAUUUGAUCCAUUUGAUUAAGUACCUCUGAAAUAUCAUUAGCAGAAUGAACCUCUUUUUCUAAAUAUUUUAUAGAAUCUUCAUUGUUCACUGCCUUGAGUCUAAAUGAAUUCACAUACUCAUCAUCCAACUCCUUCUGCUUUUCAUUGUCCACUUCUGCAGAUAACAACCCUUUAGAUUCUACAUGCGAUGAUGAU